AUGAUGGAAUCAUGUUUUCACAACAAAUUGGAAAGCGUGGAGAGGGAAAUGAACGUCGACGACCUGAGGAAAGACCUUUCCUCGGAGUUUCACUCACAGGAGUCAUACGUAGAAGAGAGUGAGCACUUGCAGGUGUACCUCCGCAUUCGACCAUUCACAUCAGCUGAGAGUGAAAAUGGCGAAUCACAGGUAUUUUAACUCGACACACGGCUCUGGCUUGAAAUCCAGUUUUUCACAAGAAGCGUUUAGAUACCCAUUACCUCACCACCAUGCACACACUUCAGGUAACAAGAGCAUUGGAUACAUAACUGUUGACCAAAGUUUAAAUUUCCCAUUGACUGUGACUCGCUGUCUUUUCCCUGUUCACAUUCAAGGACUGCGUUUCCAUCGAGCCCCCAGACACGGUCCUCCUCAGGGCUCCAAGGACUUCCCUCUCAGCGAGGCUCAGUGACAAAUCAGCCCCUCAGACAGCUCAACGUUUCCAGUUCUCACAGGUCCGUCAGCAGGGCCCGUCAGUGCCAAUCAGGGACUGUAGCUGAACAUUUGCCAGCCUGCUAAAACUAGCAUAUUUACAGUAUUGCCGAUUUUUUUAUGUACACUGUCCCUGUAAAACUAAUUUUAACAAGGUAGAACAAAAACACACGAGAAAAUAAAUAACCACACUGUUAUUUUCUUUUUAUCCUCAGGUCUUUGGGCCAGAAACCUCUCAGAGGGAGAUGUUUGACGGCACAGUGAGAAGUCUGGUCAAGGAGGUUUUGGAAGGUGGAAAUUCUCUGGUUUUCACAUAUGGAGUCACAAAUGCGGGGAAGACGUUCACAUUUCUAGGUUUGUUUCGUUGUUUAUAUUCUUAUCAUGUAGCGUUGGAAAGACACAUACUGUUUUGUCAUAACCUCCUACUUGGACACAAGGGCCGGUCUGAGUUAGCUGGUGCACAGAUUCACUGUUUGAAUACCACUGUGAAACUCCAGCCAUUUUUAAAGUCAAAUCCUAUGUUGACCAUGAACAACACCCUUUCAACCCCUGCUCGAUAUGGUCAACUCCCACAAACACGCACGAAGACAAAGUGAUUCACACAUUUUAACAGAUCCUCAACACCUGUUGUUUUUAGGUCCAGAGGCCAACGCAGGGAUCCUUCCCAGGUCUUUGAACGUCAUCUUCAACAACGUCGAGGGGCGUGUCUAUAACCAGAUGACUAUCAAGCCACAGCGAUGCAGAGAGUUCACCAGGCUCACUAAAGACCAGCAGAGUCAAGAAGCCACUAGCAAGAGAAAUCUCUUCAGGCUCCUCAAGGAGGUACUGGGUUGCUUCAUUGACCUGAUAAAAGCCGUUGCAUUACUCAACAAGUUGUUCGUUUGGGUCUAAUCGUUUUAUAUAUUAAAGGAUGCCUCUUAUUGCGCUCUCCCUAUAGGGUGAUAACCAGACAAGCUCCAUCAGCCAGACAAGCUCCACCAGCAAGACAACCCUGGAAGGCAAGGAGAUUCAUCAUUUUUAUGUUGUCUCACGCCACCCCAUGCAAAUGUCUGUUUUGCACUUAUACGUGAUUUGUCAUGUUACUCUCUCAAGUAGUUUGGUGCGUCGUUUUGUCAUCACAGUAGACUUCUAUCCGACCAGAGGUUUGUAACGGGCUAACGGCGCCACUUGUUUCUCUGACAGGGUCCGCACUAAGUGACGUUGAGGGGACUGUGACUGAAGACAGUUUCAGUCUGGUUGUUGACGCACACACCAAGUUCUCGGUCUGGGUGUCCUUCUGUGAAAUCUACAACGAGAACAUUCACGACCUGCUGGAGCCCAUACCGAACGGAGCCCUGAAGAGAACCACCCUGCGGCUGUCGCAGGAUGUCAAAGGCAACUCUUUUGUAAAAGGUGACGGAUUCAUUUGAGGUGUUUGCCGUCUUAACGAAAUGCACUGAGCCGCAGGGGACCAAAUGUUCCAGUGUGUAAUUUUUUUCAGAUCUCAAGUGGGUACAAGUGAACAAUGCGGAAGAGGCCUACAAGGUGAUGAUGCUCGGCAAGAAAAACCAGAGCUUCGCCAGCACAAAGCUCAACCUCCUCUCGAGCAGGAGGUAUGAUUAUUAAGCGCGUCAUUUCCUUUUUUGAAUUAUUUAUUUGGCCGUUACUAACUUGCAUGAGCCAAGUUCACACAGCACAGUAGAUUGACCGCAGUGCUCUUAUAUAUAUAUAUAUAUAUAUCUCUCUCUCCUCCGUUCCUAUGCUCAGCCACAGCAUAUUUUCUGUUCGUAUCCUGCGGAUUGAAGAUGCUAGGAUUCCUCGUGUUAACUCUAUCAGCGAGUAAGUGAAAUGCAUAUUUUAUUCAUUUGCGCACAAAAUAUAUUCUAUGAGACACCAUGCGGUACUUGUGGGUGUCUGUAAGGAGAGCUGUUUUUCUUUCUGUUUAGGCUGACCUUGUGUGACCUGGCUGGUUCAGAGCGGUGCGCUAAAACUCAGAAUAAAGGGGAGCGUUUGAAAGAGGCCGGGAACAUCAACACUUCCCUGAUGACGCUGGGCAAGUGCAUCAACGCGUUACGGCAAAGCCAGCAAUCCAAGUGAGCCUUGUCUGCUUUUUGAAAUAUGUAAUACAUACAUACACUGAGUGUACAAAACCAUUAGGAACACCGUCCUAAUAUUGAGUUGAACCCCUUUUGCCCUCAGAACAGCCUCAAUUCGUCGGGGGCAUGGACUCUACAAGGUGUCGAAAGCGUUCCACAGGGAUGCUGGCCCAUGUUGACUCCAACGCUUCCCACAGUUGUCAAGUUGGCUGGAUGUCCUUUGGGUGGUGGACCAGUCUUGAUACACACGGGAAACUGUUGAGCGUGAAAAACCCAGCAGCGUUGCAGUUCUUGACACACUCAAACCGGUGCGCCUGGCACCUAUUACCAUACCUCGUUCAAAGGCACUUAAAUAUUUUGUCUUGCCCAUUCACCCUCUGAAUGGCAAUCCAUGUUACAUGAAUAAGGGAUCAUAGCUUUCACCUGGUCCGUCUGUCAUGGAAAGAGCAGGUGUUCCUAAUGUUUUGGAAUUAUACAUUUUAGUCGUUUAGCAGACACUCUGAUCCAGAGCGACUUACAGGAGCCAUUAGGGUGAAGUCCCUUUGCUCAAGGGCACAUUAACAGAUUUUUUUUUUUCAACUAGUCAGCUCGGGGAUUCGAACCAGCGACCUUUCGGUUACUGACCUAACGCUGUUAACCACUAGGCUACCUGCCACCAUUAUACUUCUACAAAAUGUUUGUUGUUGUAAAUUUAUCUUUUAGCUGAAUCUGGUGCAACACAUUUCUCAGUCCUCUGAGAAGUAUGUUUUUGUUGUACAUUGUCCCUGUCCAAAUAAACGUAAUAAAUAAAUACAAUUAUGUUCUGACCUGCCCCUUGUUGCUAGGCUACCGCAGCACGUCCCGUUCAGGGAGAGCAAGCUUACCCACUACCUACAGGGCUUCUUCUGUGGGCGGGGCAAAGCCUGCAUGGUAGUCAACGUCAACCAGUGUGCCUCCUUGUACGACGAGACGCUCAACGUGCUCAAGUUCUCCGCAGUGGCUCAGAAGGUGGUGGUGCUGACCACCAAGACCGUCCCCCACCUCGCCACCAAGAGGUCGGCCCGGGAACUGUCCAUGAUCAUCAACAACAACGCAGACGGGAAGAACCUGUUGGGUCAGCGGAGAAGGAGCUCCCUGGUUGGCUGGGAGACCAGUCUGGAGGACGUAGAUGAGGAUGUUGACAGGGAGGAGGAGAGGAGAGCACGACGGAGGACAGCGUGAUGGAGGAGACCAUGCAGGAAGUGGAAGAUGACAAGUUUCUCAUCGACAAAGAUGCUUAUGAGGUAAGUCUCUCCCCCUAACUACUAGGGCUGGGAGUUGCCAGGGACCUCACGACACGAUAUUAUCACCAUACUGAGGGACCUCACCAUACCAUAUUAUCACCACACUGAGGGACCUCACCAUACCAUAUUAUCACCAUACUGAGGGACCUCACCAUAUUAUCACCAUACUGAGGGACCUCACCACACCAUAUUAUCACCAUACUGAGGGACCUCACCAUACCAUAUUAUCACCAUACUGAGGGACCUCACCAUACCAUAUUAUCACCAUACUGAGGGACCUCACCAUACCAUAUUAUCACCAUACUGAGGGACCUCACCAUACCAUAUUAUCACCAUACUGAGGGACCUCACCAUACCAUAUUAUCACCAUACUGAGGGACCUCACCAUACCAUAUUAUCACCAUACUGAGGGACCUCACCAUACCAUAUUAUCACCAUACUGAGGGACCUCACCAUACCAUAUUAUCACCAUACUGAGGGACCUCACCAUACCAUAUUAUCACCAUACUGAGGGACCUCACCAUACCAUAUUAUCACCAUACUGAGGGACCUCACCAUACCAUAUUAUCACCAUACUGAGGGACCUCACCAUACCAUAUUAUCACCAUACUGAGGGACCUCACCAUACCAUAUUAUCACCAUACUGAGGGACCUCACCAUACCAUAUUAUCACCAUACUGAGGGACCUCACAUACCAUAUUAUCACCAUACUGAGGGACCUCACCAUACCAUAUUAUCACCAUACUGAGGGACCUCACCAUACCAUAUUAUCACCAUACUGAGGGACCUCACCAUACCAUAUUAUCACCAUACUGAGGGACCUCACCAUAUUAUCACCAUACUGAGGGACCUCACCAUACCAUAUUAUCACCAUACUGAGGGACCUCACCAUACCAUAUUAUCACCAUAUUGAGGGACCUCACCAUACCAUAUUAUCACCAUACUGAGGGACCUCACCAUACCAUAUUAUCACCAUACUGAGGGACCUCACCAUACACCAUAUUAUCACUAUACUGAGGGACCUCACCAUACCAUAUUAUCACCAUACUGAGGGACCCUCACCAUACCAUAUUAUACCAAUACUGAGGGACCUCACCAUACCCAUAUUAUCACCACACUGAGGGACCCUCAACCAACCAUAUUAGUUACCAUACUGGAGGGACCUCACCAUACCAUAAUUAUCACCAUACUGAGGGACUCACCAACCAUAUUAUCACUAUACUGAGGGACGCUCACCAUACCAUAUUAUCACCAUACUGAGGACCUCACCAACCAUAUUAUCCCACCCUAGGGACCUCACCUACCAUAUUAUCACCAUACUGAGGGACCUCAUGAUACCAUAUUAUCACCACACUGAGGCACCUCACCAUACCAUAUUAUCAUAUACUGAGUGGACCUCACCAUAUUUACACUAUACUUAGGGACCUCACCAACUAUUAUCACUAACUGUAGGGACCCUCCCCAAUUAUCACUAUCUGAGGGACCUCAUGAUACCAUAUUAUCACCACACUGAGGUGCCAUUACGAUAUGUAUUGCGUUUGGAUACUGUGAUUUUCUAGAUUUUUCCAGUCCUAUUGCUCACCAUAUGUCUGCUGCAGAGGGACAAGAGUAAUGAGAACUAGUUUUGAUCAGCCAUCGAUAAAAGUGUUAAAAACAAAUUGCCUCAAUUUAAAAAAGAUGGAGAACAUCAGUUUUACUGCAGGUACAGCCAACUAGCGCUAAAAAGAAUAUAGCGACAUUGUCAAAACGAUACAAUAUAUCCCGAUAUGUAACCGUAUUGAUUUGUUCUCCCAUCACUACUUACCUCUGUUUAGUACAACAGUGGUCCUCUGUAGCUCAGUCGGUAGAGCGCGGCGCUUGUAACGCCAGGGUAGUGGGUUCGAUCCCCGGGACCACCCCAUACGUUAAAAAUGUAUGCGCACAUGACUGUAAGUCGCUUUGGAUAAAAGCGUCUGCUAAAAUGGCAUAUUGUAGUAGUCACCUACAUUUCCAGGCCCUGAUUUUGAUUGUUUUGACAUUUGGGGAAGAUUUUAGGCCUACUAAUAGUCUUGUUAAGGGACCAGAGUUUUGCCUAAUCAGGUCACGUCGUCAAAACUCUGGUACCCUAUUAAUGUGAAGUUAACCCAGAACUAAAGUCUUGUCUAAUUUGGUCAGAUUCUCGAUUUUAUGUCUGUCCACUCGAGAUUAAUGUGAAGUAAGUUAAUAUCUGUCAACCUCCCGAGUGGCGCAGUGGUCUAAGGCGCCGCAUCGCAGUGCAAGCUGUGCCACUAGAGAUCCUGGUUCGAAUCCAGGCUCUGUCGUAGCCGGCCGCGACCGGGAGACCCAUGGGGCGGUGCACAAUUGGCCAAGCGUCGUCCAGGGUAGGGGAGGGAAUGGCCGGCAGGGAUGUGGGUUCGAUUCCCACGGGGGGCCAGUAUGAAAAAUUACAAAAAUAAUGUAUGCACUCACUAACUGUAAGUCGCUCUGGAUAAGAGCGUCUGCUAAAAUGACUAAAAUGUAAACCCUUCAGAACCAGCUACUCCAGUUGAAGGCGCUCCGGGAACAGCUCCAGAAAGAGCGGUCUGAAAACCUGGCUUUGGAAUCCCGGAUCCGUGAAGAGGUCAUAAAGGAGUUUUCUGAGCUCUUCUCUGAAAUGCAGACCGACUACACGUGAGCUCUUCUGUGCCUUUUUUUUUGUUUGUUUCUUGUUGUUUGGUUGCUUUUAAUAAUUUAUAAUGGAUUGGGUGGAAUCUAGUGCCUUUCUAUCAACUGGGGUACUCAAAGCUUUACAUAGUAAGGGGGCUUUAAAGGUGAACGGUUUUAAUACGUAACACUGAACAGGUUCUAGCUGUAUUAACUUGAUUUGUCUGUCUUACAGGGAACGUCUGGCCAAAGAGAAGGAGAUUGUUGAGGAGAGAGCAGAGAGGCGUCUAGAGAUCCUGAAGAAUCUAGUGAACAAGAACACCAGUCAAGAGGAGCUGGACGGAGCAGAUCGAGAGCUGGACGGAGCAGAGCGAGCCACAGUAAUGCAGCCUUACAAGACACGUUGGCCGUUUAGCAGUGUCAACCUCCAUCUUCCUUUACCUUGGCGUUAGCAGUGUCAACCUCCAUCUCUUCCUUUACCUUGGUGUUGACCGUCUAGCAGUGUCAACCUCCAUCUCUUCCUUUACCUUGGUGUUGACCGUCUAGCAGUGUCAACCUCCAUCUCUUCCUUUACCUUGGUGUUGACCGUCUAGCAGUGUCAACCUCCAUCUCUUCCUUUACCUUGGUGUUGACCGUCUAGCAGUGUCAACCUCCAUCUCUUCCUUUACCUUGGUGUUGACCGUCUAGCAGUGUCAACCUCCAUCUCUUCCUUUACCUUGGUGUUGGCCGUCUAGCAGUGUCAACCUCCAUCUCUUCCUUUACCUUGGUGUUGACCGUCUAGCAGUGUCAACCUCCAUCUUCCUUUACCUUGGUGUUGGCCGUCUAGCAGUGUCAACCUCCAUCUCUUCCUUUACCUUGGUGUUGGCCGUCUAGCAGUGUCAACCUCCAUCUUCCUUUACCUUGGUGUUGGCCGUCUAGCAGUGUCAACCUCCAUCUCUUCCUUUACCUUGGUGUUAGCCGUCUAGCAGUGUCAACCUCCAUCUCUUCCUUUACCUUGGUGUUGGCCGUCUAGCAGUGUCAACCUCCAUCUUCCUUUACCUUGGUGUUGGCCGUCUAGCAGUGUCAACCUCCAUCUUCCUUUACCUUGGUGUUGGCCGUCUAGCAGUGUCAACCUCCAUCUCUUCCUUUACCUUGGUGUUGGCCGUCUAGCAGUGUCAACCUCCAUCUCUUCCUUUACCUUGGUGUUAGCCGUCUAGCAGUGUCAACCUCCAUCUCUUCCUUUACCUUGGUGUUAGCCGUCUAGCAGUGUCAACCUCCAUCUUCCUUUACCUUGGUGUUGACCGUCUAGCAGUGUCAACCUCCAUCUUCCUUUACCUUGGUGUUGACCGUCUAGCAGUGUCAACCUCCAUCUCUUCCUUUACCUUGGCGUUAGCAGUGUCAACCUCCAUCUCUUCCUUUACCUUGGUGUUGACCGUCUAGCAGUGUCAACCUCCAUCUCUUCCUUUACCUUGGUGUUGGCCGUCUAGCAGUGUCAACCUCCAUCUCUUCCUUUACCUUGGCUUUGGCCGUUUAGCAGUGUCAACCUCCAUCUUCCUUUACCUUGGUGUUGGCCGUCUAGCAGUGUCAACCUCCAUCUUCCUUUACCUUGGUGUUGACCGUGUCAACCUCCAUCUCUUCCUUUACCUUGGUGUUGACCGUGUCAACCUCCAUCUCUUCCUUUACCUUGGCGUUAGCAGUGUCAACCUCCAUCUCUUCCUUUACCUUGGCGUUGGCCGUCUAGCAGUGUCAACCUCCAUCUUCCUUUACCUUGGUGUUGACCGUGUCAACCUCCAUCUCUUCCUUUACCUUGGCGUUAGCAGUGUCAACCUCCAUCUCUUCCUUUACCUUGGUGUUGGCCGUCUAGCAGUGUCAACCUCCAUCUCUUCCUUUACCUUGGUGUUGACCGUCUAGCAGUGUCAACCUCCAUCUCUUCCUUUACCUUGGUGUUGGCCGUUUAGCAGUGUCAACCUCCAUCUUCCUUUACCUUGGUGUUGACCGUGUCAACCUCCAUCUCUUCCUUUACCUUGGUGUUGACCGUGUCAACCUCCAUCUCUUCCUUUACCUUGGCGUUAGCAGUGUCAACCUCCAUCUCUUCCUUUACCUUGGCGUUGGCCGUCUAGCAGUGUCAACCUCCAUCUUCCUUUACCUUGGUGUUGACCGUGUCAACCUCCAUCUCUUCCUUUACCUUGGCGUUAGCAGUGUCAACCUCCAUCUCUUCCUUUACCUUGGUGUUGGCCGUCUAGCAGUGUCAACCUCCAUCUCUUCCUUUACCUUGGUGUUGACCGUCUAGCAGUGUCAACCUCCAUCUCUUCCUUUACCUUGGUGUUGGCCGUUUAGCAGUGUCAACCUCCAUCUUCCUUUACCUUGGUGUUGACCGUCUAGCAGUGUCAACCUCCAUCUCUUCCUUUACCUUGGUGUUGGCCGUCUAGCAGUGUCAACCUCCAUCUCUUCCUUUACCUUGGUGUUGACCGUCUAGCAGUGUCAACCUCCAUCUCUUCCUUUACCUUGGUGUUGACCGUCUAGCAGUGUCAACCUCCAUCUCUUCCUUUACCUUGGCGUUAGCAGUGUCAACCUCCAUCUCUUCCUUUACCUUGGUGUUGACCGUCUAGCAGUGUCAACCUCCAUCUUCCUUUACCUUGGUGUUGGCCGUCUAGCAGUGUCAACCUCCAUCUCUUCCUUUACCUUGGUGUUGACCGUCUAGCAGUGUCAACCUCCAUCUUCCUUUACCUUGGUGUUGACCGUCUAGCAGUGUCAACCUCCAUCUUCCUUUACCUUGGUGUUAAAAAAACAAAACGCUAACACCCUUGUUUUCACUAACACUGUCUUGUCCUUUUUCUUACUGGCACUGACGUUGUUGAUAACUACUUAACGAGGAAUAAUGUACUUACUGUGAUAUGUGGUUGUCCCACCUAGCUACCUUAAGAUGAAUGCACUAAACUGUAAGUUGCUCUGGAUAAGAGCGUCUGCUUAAAUGACUAAAACGUGUCUUGUCUCGGUGUAGAAGGACAGCUCGUCGUUGGGAGGGAUGUUUGACUCCAUGUGCAGUGACCUGGCAGGCAUAAAGAAGGCGGCUGAGGAGGCCAAGACGUGUCUGGUGGUCACCCACCCCGGUAGUGACACCAUCUCCAACCAGGAGAAGGGAGCGGCUGAUCUCUCAGAGCAGUUGAGCCAAGCCAAUGAGCAGCUCUCUGUCAAAACCAACGGUAACUAACUGACAACUAGUUGCCUCAUUACUUUAAUUUUUUUUUAUACCCCAGUGUUUCUUAAUGGGGUGAGUAUUUUUGUUUCUAGCACUACACAAUAGAUUCCGCUAAGCAAAGGCUUGAUGAUGAGUUGAUUUGAAUCGGGUGUGUAAUGUUAAGGCAAAAACCAAAAUGUGCACCCCUUUGGGUCCCCAGGACCAGGAUUAUGAAGCACUAGUGGAGCCUAUUACCUUCACAUACACCCACAGUAGAACUCAGCAAUAACCUGUCAGCAAUAACGUCAGCAAUAACCUGUUAAUCACCAGUUUUCACCAUCCGUCAACGACUGGUCCAGACCGGUUUGCCUGAUUCCAUUGGCUGUGAUGGAACACCCUAGGUUUCCUUCUGGUUGACUAGUCAUUGUCUUCCGUUUGAUUUCAGAACUGGAAAAUUAUUGCAGACGAGCGCCGCAAUCAACCGAACAGUUUGAAGAGGCAAGACAGGUACUUUUUUUGGGGGGGUGGGGGGGGGGGUAUUUAUUUUGGUUGUCUCUUCUAACAAAUCUCUGGUUUUGGUUGUCUGUUCUAACAAAUCUCUGGUGGACAGUUCUGUGUUAACUGAGAUUAGUUGUAACAGACCUUUUCUGUUUUCUCUUGUAGACUCUCGAGUCUCAGGAGCUGAAGUUCUCCCACCUCCUUGAGAUGUGUCGUGAGAAGGAUGAGAUUAUCUCCAAGCUUCAGAACACCGUGGACCAGCAGGUCAAAGCCACUGUCAAGGAUGUAAUUACAUUUUUAAAUGCCACUUUUGAUUAGACCUGACUAGCUAAUGGUCAUCAGCCUUCAGGGGGUACUCAAAUGUUUUGGGGCUGGGGACCCCUUUUGCGAUAGCAAAUUAAUCAGGGACCCCCUCCAUAAUCAGAACAUAAUUGCGUAUGAGUUCUGCAAUGACUUUGGCAGUGCAUGUCUGGACCAACAAAGUCUCAGACCUUUGGAAGGAACAUUUUUAAAGGCCCAUCUCAUGGCAUUUUGAGAGAAUUUUGCAAUUCGACACAUUUUGUCAUGGGGCAGAGAGAACUUUGCUGUUUUUAAAGCAUGCCAAUAUCCCUGUGAGCUGCCCAGGCCUGCGUUGCUCAGGGUUAAGAACAUAAAUGAAUAAUAUGAUAUUGUAUUACACCCUCUUAACUUAUUCCACGGAUGUGUUUAAUGUGUUAGUAGUGUUCAUAAACAAACGAAAAAUAUAUAUUUUGAACUCUUGACCGUGGACGCCCUGCAGUACCUCGUCAACUCCACUUUGAGUACCCCUGUCAUACUCCGUAUUUGACAUUACCGCUCCCAUUAUACGUGACUGGUGCCAAUUUCCCAUUAAUGUCACAUUAUAAAUGCUCCAAUUAUUUUUUUUAAAAAUUCCAACUUGAGUAGGCCAUGCUGUUUUUAACACCAUUGUUGGGGUUUUCCUUGACAGAAGACCACAUUCGACGGCAUCAAGGAUGAGAUCCUGCGUCUGAAGAGCAGCUGCACUUGCUCCAGAGGGGGAGAGCCCAUCUCUCGCAGAGAUAGCCGCAAACGGCUGGUGGACCUCCAUCAGGACCUGGAGGAACAACCCCCCAGCAAGAAAGGUACGGGGUGGGCUCCGAGCACUGCUGGGAAGCCCCUCCCACCGUUUGUAGGUGUGAGAGCAGUGGGGAGAGAGAAUACUGACAAAGGUCGCAAAAACAUCCGCUUAAAAAGGUCGACUGCGCUCAAGAAGUAAUGCUGCCUCAGACUUGUGCACUUUUCCACAUGUAUAAAUGUUUGUGUUCCCCAUUUCUGGGUUAGUUUUUUUUAAAAAGUGGUUGUUGUAUUCCAUAUGAUUUUGAACAAUAAUAAAGUUGUUUUGUUGGAUCGCUGUACUCUGAUAUUUUCCAAACAUUGUACAGCUGUGGAAUGAUGUGAGGUGUCACUACAUUAGAGACACCACGUCAUGUUCUGGGAAACUGGUCUUCACUAAACCAUACUCGCUAUAUUCACCUGGACAUGGUUAUUUUUUCAAUAUCAUUUGCUGACCUAAAUUGCAAUGUGUCCGGUUGUUUUUGAUAUUUAGCAAACCAAUAGUACUAAGCCUAUUCCACUGGCUAAUGCUUAAGGACAUAACACCAGAUUCAUCAGUUACGACACUGUUAAGCGUCCAGUUGACCUAAACAAACAUCCCACCAUACCUCCAGAAGAUGAUCCUAUUCUAAUAUACUAUGACUCAUCAGAUGUGCUUGUCUUUGUGUUAGGAUUCCUUGAGGAGUGUAGUGGAGAGGAGGAGAAAAUGGACAGAUUGCGCUGGGAGCUGGAGGAGAAAUCCUCCGACGUGGCGGGGCUAGUAGAGACUCUGCAGCUUGACCUGGUGGCACACGGUGAGGGCGACUGGAAAGUGCAAGAGCGGCUCGAAGGGCUGGCGGAUAAUAGCUCCCGUAUGGAGGCACGUGACCUGGAAGCUGAGCUGGAGGGGCAGACGGGUGCCCGCGAGGAGGCCCCGUCCGUGGAGGAGGAGGUGAGGAGGGAGAAUGCCAGGCUGCUCCAGGAAGACUGGCAGCGGGAGAUGAGCACACUCCGAAGGGAAUCCCAGGAUCUAACUGGGAAGCUGCAGGCCAUGGAGAGGGAGGUCAGGCUGCAGACAGCCAGAGCAGACCGACUGGCCACGCGUGACCACGAGGUCAGAGAGAGAACUGCCCUGAUUGACUCCCUGACACAGGAAGUGACACGCCUAAGGCAGGAAGUGGUGGCCUCUCAGGCUACGUCGGGAGUACAAAGGAACAGCGGGCUUCUCCGAGACAAGAUGGCGGAACUGAAGAGAGAAUGCUCAGAGGCCCUAGAGGAGAGGCUCCUGCUGAAAGAGAAACUGGCCCAACAGCAGAUCUCAGAACAGGAGCUGAAAGAGAAACUGGCCCAACAGCAGAUCUCAGAACAGGAGCUGAAAGAGAAACUGGCCCAACAGCAGAUAUCAGAACAGGAGCUGAAAGAGAAACUGGCCCAACAGCAGAUCUCAGAACAGGAGCUGAAGGAGAAACUGGCCCAACAGCAGAUCUCAGAACAGGACCUGAAGGAGAAACUGGCCCAACAGCAGAUCUCAGAACAGGAGCUGAAAGAGAAACUGGCCCAACAGCAGAUCUCAGAACAGGAGUUGGUGGAGCUGAAAGAGAAACUGGCCCAACAGCAGAUCUCAGAACAGGAGUUGGAGCUGAAAGAGAAACUGGCCCAACAGCAGAUCUCAGAGCAGGAGCUGAAAGAGAAACUGGCCCAACGGCAGAUCUCAGAGCAGGAGCUGAAAGAGAAACUGGCCCAACAGGAGCUGACGUUGGAGCGGCUCAGGGUGGAAAUGGAGGAGGCUAAAGCCGACGCCCACAUCGACAGCGAGAACUCUGUAGCUGAGAGUGAGACUGCCGAGGGACUGAGGAAACUAAACUCUGAUCUGGAGGCUGAGGUCACAACCUUGAAGGGAAGGAUGGCCGAUCUUGAAGAAAAGGAGCGCACCCGCCAAACGGAGAGGGAGGCAGAGUUGGAGAAAAAGCUGUUCGAGAAGGAGGCGCAGGUGUCGGGCCUGCAGAAGAGCCUGAGGGAGGCGCAGGAGGUUCGGGAGGAUGAGGAGACCGCUGCGGUGCAGGAGGCUCGCAGGAGGGAGGUGGAGAGGAGGAGGGAGCUGCUGGCCGUUGCUGAAGAGGCCAUCGCUCAGAAGGACGCUGAGCUGGAGAAGAGAUCCCAGGACAUCACCAGGUUAGUGGGCUGGCUUGCACCGUUCACUCUGGGCCAAUCCCAAAUGAUCCCCUAAACCCUAUGCACGUGUGGAGAUCUGAGAGGAUUUGAUUGGUUUAGGCAGUAUGGUGAAAGUUCCAGCUAGCCUGUCAGAGGGCAAGUUGUAGCUAUUACAAGAUUGAUUACACCUGUCCUCUCAGAUCUCCCCACGGGGGGCCAGUAUAAAAUAAAAAUAAAAAUAAAUAAAAAUAUAUGUAUACACUAACUGUAAGUCGCUCUGGAUAAGAGCGUCUGCUAAAUGACUUAAAUGUAAAUCUCCACAAGGGCGUAGGGUUUAGGGGAUAAUUUGGGAUUGGGCCUAGAUAUUUCUUUAUUUUCCCUGCUCCUCCUUACCGGUAAACCUCUCUCUAAUUUAUAGUGGUGUUUGAGUUCAUCUCAUGUGUUUGUGACCACAGAUUGAAGGAGAUGGCUAAACUUGACUCAGACAAAGUGAGGAGUUUGAGCCAGGACCUUGAGAGAAAAGGUGAUGACAACUCUGAUCUCAGAGAGAAGCUGUCCGACUCUAAAAAACAGAUACAGCAAGUUCAAACCGAGGUAAAGGCUGAUAAGAUAUCUUUAUUCAAAAGUAUGUGGACACCUGCUCGUCCAACAUCUCAUUCCAAAAUCAUUGACACUAAUAUGGAGUUGGUUCCCCCUUUGCUGCUAUAACAGCCUCCACUCUUCUGGGAAGGCUUUCCACUAGAUGUUGGAACAUUGCUGCGGGGACUAUAACAGCCACAAGAGCAUUAGUGAGGUCGGGCACUGAUGUUGGGCGUUUAGGCCUGGCUCGCAGUCGGCGUUCCAAUUUAUUCCAAAGGUGUUCGAUGGGGUUGAGGUCAGGGCUCUGUGCCAGUCAAGUUCUUCCACACCAAUCUCGACAAACCAUUUCUGUAUGGACCUCGCUUUGUGCACGGGGGCAUUGUCAUGCUGAAACAGGAAAGGACCUUCCACAAACUGUUGUCACAAAGUUGGAAGCACAGAAUCGUCUAGAAUGUCAUUGCAUGCUGUAGCAUUAAGAUUUCCCUUCACUAGAACUAAGGGGCCUACCACAAACCAUGAAAAACAGCCGCAGACCAUUAUUCCUCCUCCACCAAACUUUACAGUUGGCACUAUGCAUUGGGGCACGUAGCGUUCUCCUGGCAUCCGCCAAACCCAGAUUUGUCGGUUGGACCUCCAGAUGGAGAAGCGUGAUUCAUCACUCCAGAGAACGCGUUUCCACUGCUCCAGAGUCCAAUGGCGGUGAGCUUUACACCACUCCAGCCGAUCCUUGUCAUUGCGCAUGGUGAUCUUAGGCUUGUGUGCGGCUGCUCGGCCAUGGAAACCCAUUUCAUGAAGCUCCCGACGAACAGUUAUUGUGCUGACGUUGCUUCCAGAGGCAAUUUGGAACUCCGUAGUGAGUGUUGCAACCGAGGAUAAACCAUUUUUACGCACUGCGAGCUUCAACACUCGGCGGUCCCGUUCUGUGAGCUUGUGUGGCCUACCACUUCGCGGCUGAGCCGUUGUUGCUCCUAGACGUUUCCACUUCACAAUAACAGCACUUACAGUUGACCGGGGCAGCUCUAGCAGGGCAGAAAUGUUACGAACUGACUUGUUGGAAAGGUGGCAUCCUAUGACGGUGCCACGUUGAAAGUCACUGAGCUCUUCAGUAAGGCCAUUCUACUGCCAAUGUUUGUCUGUGGAGAUUGCAUGGCUGUGUGCUCGAUUUUAUACAUCUGUCAACAACGGGUGUGGCUGAAAUAGCCAAACCCACUAACUUGAAGGGGUGUCCACAUACUUUUGGCCAUUUUUUUAGUGUAGGUGAAUACUGCCACACACAAUCACUAUUAAUAACAUAUUAAUCACUAUUAAUAACAACCUUUUUGUUUCCCCUACCCAAGAUCAUCUCCAAGCGAGAAGAGGAGAAAUCUCUCAAACUGAAACUGCAGGACUUGGAGAAAGUGAAGAAACAGCAGCAGGCUGACUUGGUUAAUAAAGACCGGACCAUAAACCAACUGAAAACUGUGUGUUUACUCUCUGGGGUUAUUUUCACUCUAACAAAGAGAAAUAUGCCCUUGUUGUUGACCGGAGCUUGAUCCACCUCCUUUCUCUAUACAGGAACAGUCCGCUGACUCGAAGUCUGACGAGAACCUACAGCUCUAUCAGAACGCCUGCAAAGGUACCUAGCCCUGUUGCUCCAUACUGUUCUACUCUGUAUGUCUGUCUUCCAUACGUAGGCUGUGUUUGAAAAAUGGGUAUUGGGACACGGCCAUAGUGUUGACGGUACACACGGUAGUCCCGGUAUUGGGACACGGCCAUAGUGUUGACGGUACACACGGUAGUCCCGGUAUUGGGACACGGCCGUAGUGUUGACAGUACACACGGUAGUCCCUGUAUUGGGACACGGGCAUAGUGUGUGUCUGUCCUGUAUUCAUGGGGGUUCAUUGUGCUUCCCCAGACCUUCAGGCUAAGGAGCGUUUGAUUGAGGACAUGCGUCUGGCUCUGACGGAGCAGGAGGAUACCCAGACCCAACAGGAGCAGGUGCUGGAGGCUAAACUGGAAGAGAUUGACGCCCUCGUAGAAGGUGGGAUUAUCAAAUCACAAUUUAUUUAAAGUGCUAUUAAACACGUGGCAAUACACGUAACAAAAAAAUAUAUAUAUAUUAAAAAUGAAUAAUAACAAAAUAUUUUAAAAUGUAGCUGUGAACACAAGCAGCAAUGAACGGGGUUCACAGGAUGACUGAAAGAACACAAGAUCAGGUGGAUAACAAAGCAAGCGCUCUAUCAUGUAGGAAUUAUCUUCCUUUAUGUGCAUUCAGUGAAAUUAUUACCAUAUUAAAAACUAAUGUAAUGAGUGUAAAUACAAAAUCUGGGUUGAAUCGGAAGUAUUGUUCAUGAUGAGAAGAUGAUUGUAGAUGACUUUGAGAACUAGCAAUACAUAUGCAAAGAAUGAGUUGUUAAUAGUUUCCUUGUUUUUUUUUUUAGAUCAAUACCAAAUUCAGUGUAGUUCAUUUUAGCGACGUUUGUGAUAGCGAUGGCACGUUUCAAAUUGAUAGGCCACUCUGGAGUGGAUUUAGUGCUUUUAAAUGGACACACAAUCUUUUUUUUAUUCGUCAAUAACUCCGCCAUCUUUUGACCAAUCCCUUUGCAUUUCUGUGUACCAUGGGCCUACAUUCCAAAUUUGGAGUGAAGAUUUAAAGUAUUUUUAGUAUAUUUUAGCAUAUUAGCUAAUAUUCAUCUACUUGUAAAGUGUGGCAGUCUUUGAAUGCAUCAACGUUAUUCUUUCAAACUCUUUAGGGAGUAUUAUUAGGAUUGAAUUUAACUUUUAGUCCAUGAGAAUAUUUUUUUAUGAUUUAUUUUUACCGUUAGCGUUACAUAGUCAAAUAAGUGAAUUGUUAAGAUUUUCCUUAUUUAAAGAUAUCAAUGGCAACCUUAACAUGGUUCAUAGUGUUAAUGUAUUUGAUGACCCUAAAGAUUCAUAGGCCAUUGUGGAGUGGUACAAAGUAUUUAAAUGGACGCGUAAAAUCAGAUUUCCUGAUUUAUCAAUAACUCAGCCAUCUCUUAUCCUGAUUUAUCAAUAACAGCCAUCUCUUAACCAAUCCCUUGGUGUUAUUUGGAAGGUUUUCCAAAAUGUCCAAGAUUGAGGAAAAUCUAUCCUGAUGCGUCCUGGGGGCCAACGCCAACAAACACAAUUUCAAGUCUCUAGGUCAAACGGGGCGGCGGAUAUUAGGGUUUUAAGUUAGACUGCUUAUAACAGCACCACCUAUAGGCCAAAAGGUGCCAUUAUUUUUGACCAGGUUACUCAUGGCCUCUAGUUUCUUUGUGCCAAAUUAGGAAGAAAACAAAUCUAAGAAUAAUGACUGGCUGUGAACCCCUAAAAAUGACUGGGAAGAUGUAGUUUUCCAUUCAGAUUACAUUUACAUUUUAGUCAUUUAGCAGACGCUCUUAUCCAGAGCGACUUACAGGAGCAAUUAGGGUUAAGUACCUUGCUCAAGGGCACAUCAACAGAUUUUUCACCUAGUCGGCUCGGGGAUUAGAACCAGCGACCUUUCGGUUACUGGCACAACGCUCUUAACCACUAAGCUACCUGCCGCCCCGAUUACAACUCUUUAUUUGGUGACAGUACUCAAGUGUUUUGUUGUUUUUUGCCAUUUCAGAGGUGGAGAAAGUGAAAGGACUGUUGCGCUACCAGGACAGUAGAAAAGACACUGCAGCCCUGGAAGACGGCCAAUUGGACGAAGCCAAAUUAGCCAAACAGGAAGCAGUUCAGGCUCAAGUGACCUUGAAGGUGGAUGUCUAAAAUAUCUAGUUGAUAAUGCAUAUUUUCUCCUCUUCUUUUUACAUUGGAUUAAUCCCUGUUUUGUAACUGCUUUUACCGAAGUAACGAUAAACCAAAAAUGAUCAUGACGACUGAACAGACCACUUAUCGAGGACUUUUUACCGAUAUCGAUAAUUACAAUAGUCUAUCGCCUACAGAAAUGUGACGUUUGACAUGAAAUAAGUCUACUAAUAUGGGUCGUUGCUAACGGGACAGUUGCUAAGCUACAACAUUCAAAUUAGAAGUAGGAGUUUUAAGGGUCAUAUUAAAAAGUAAUUGAGCGACACGUUAAUGUUAUAAACCUAUCAUUCUAUUCAUCAUUGUGAUAAUGUCACUUUAUUGUGGUAUGGACCCAGCUCUAGUGUGUGUGUGUGUGUGUGUGUGUGUGUGUGUGUGUGUUUCUAGCUGUGUACUGAGAAGCACCAGGAUGACAGGAGGAAGUGGCUUGAAGAGAAGAUGGUUCUGAUCCGCCUGGCCAAGGAGGCCGAGGACAAGAGGAACCAGGAGAUGAGGAAGUUCGCAGACGGCCGUGAGCGACACGCCAAACAGCAAACCCAAGUGGUAAUAGAACUUCCUGUAGAAAUGACCCCUAGAACAAGGGGUAUUCAUACCUCUCCUCUGGGACCCCCAGCCGUUCCAUGUAUUUGAACCUUUCUACAGCUAUCACAUUCGCACCUGAUUCAACUUGUCAACUAAUCAUCAUGCUCUUAAAUGGGUGAAUCAAGUGGGCUACAACAGAAUUGUGAAACGUCUAGGUGUCCCCGAGGAGUGGUUUGAAAACCACUGCCCUGUGGAGUACAGCUGCAAAACCCUACAGACGGAGCCUAUUAAGAAAGCCCUCUGUCUGUCUGUGACCCUGUAGGAAGCCCUGUCGGCCCAGCUCGGUGAGAAGGGUUAGAGCCUAUUAAGAAAGCCCUCUGUCUGUCUGUGACCCUGUAGGAAGCCCUGUCGGCCCAGCUCGGUGAGAAGGAGCGGGACCUGCUGAAGUGGAGGGAGGAGAGGGACUCCCUGGUGGCAGCUCUGGAGGUCCAGCUAACCAAACUCCUCUCCAGCAUCGCCGACAAGGAUGAACAGAUAGCCAGUCUCCGCUGCAAUGCCACCUCUCAGCCAGCAGAGGUCAGUUACAGCACACACGAUGACGUCUUGUUAGGUUGGUUGGGACUGUCAGAGAAUAUUCUCAUUUGGGAUUGUACCAAUGAGAGCUAUUAAAGUUGGGUGCAGGGUUGUUGGUCAUUUACAUUUGAAACUCGGCAUACAGAAGAAGUGAUUUGGAGUUUGCACUGUUUGAAAGCAUUGCGUGUGGGAAAUGCACUCUACAAAAUGUAUUGUUAGGUUUAUUAUUAUUAUUAUUAGCAAUCAUUUUGAAAUGGAACUGAUUCCAACUCAAUAUGGGGCACGGUUCACUUUCCAUUCCGUUUUGUAACAGCAUGAGGAUGGAUGAGCCUCCCUGGUGGCGCAGCAGUCUAAGGCAGUGCUAGAGGUGUCACUACAGACCCUGGUUCGUUCCCAGGCUUUGUCACAACCGGCCGUAAUCGGGAGUCCCAUUGGGACCCAGCGUCGGCCGGGUUAGGGGAGGGUUUGGCCGGGUUAGGGGAGGGUUUGGCCGGGUUAGGGGAGGGUUUGGCCGGGUUAGGGGAGGGUUUGGCCGGGUUAGGGGAGGGUUUGGCCGUCAUUGUAAAUAAGAAUUUGUUCUUAACUGACUUGCCUAGUUAAAUUUAAAGGUGAAAUAAAGAAGCGGAUGGCGUUAUUGGUCCAUUAUUUCCUAAUGGUUGGUUGUGUUGGUUGUUCCUCCCCCCAGAGUGGCCAGGUCGAGGUAGAGCAGCUGCAGGGUCUCCUGUCUGAGAGAGACGCUGAGAUCCUUAACCUGAAGGAACAACUGAAAGCUGCAUCCAAAGCCAGCAGCGAUGUCUCAGCCCCGCCUCCCACUAAGCGCAGAGAGACCGCCACUCUGGUGAGAGAGAGAGAGAGAGUCUCCUUUUAUAACAAAUAAAAGUUUAUUGGUCACGUGCACAGGGUGUAAACGGUAUAGUGAAACGCUUACUUGCGAGCUCUCAACAGUGAUCAAAAAAAUAUUAAAAACGUAACUUUAUUCAAUCUCCCAUCCAUAUUAUUGUAAGUUGGUCUUGUUGAUACAAUGGAUGUUGUCCAUGACGUCUCUCUCUCUCUCUCUCUCUCUCAGACUAAAGCAGAGGACUGCCCUCCCAAAGUCAAUGAGCGAACUCUCCAUGACAACCGUCAACUAGGACAUGGAGUCAAGACUGAGAAGAGGAGCAGUCAGGUAAUCUCUCUCUAGACAUCCGGGUUUCCUCCCACGAUGUUCCAAUGUUUCCUCCUUAACACGACGGUAUGUAACAGGACGUCAGUUUGGCAUAGAGGAACUAUGUCACUGCCUUACCUGCCUGUUGCCCCCCCCCCCCCAGACACAAAAUAGUAGCUAUCAAGAUGAAGACCACUGAGGUUAUUUUUAAGGAGUGCAUUUUUGCUAGUGACUAGUUUGGUGGUCCUCUGUAGCUCAGCUGGUAGAGCACGGCGCUUGUAACGCCAAGGUAGUGGGUUCGAUCCCCGGGACCACCCAUACACAAAAAAAAAUGUAUGCACGCAUGACUGUAAGUCGCUUUGGAUAAAAGCGUCUGCUAAAUGGCAUAUUAUUAUUAUUAUUAUUAUAGUUUGCGUCAAACAACCUUCACUAAAACUGCAAAGGUUUUGCCUGCAAACCUUUGUUUCGAAUCGCAACAUGUCUGCCUUGUGAUUUUGUUGGGAGUCACUGCUGUUACCCAGGGUCAGGCGUCCGGGGUAAUCAUCUGCAUGGACAUUACAUCGGACAGCACCACGGUUAUGUGAGCUAUUGAAUCAAUCCGAUAUGGUAUCCUGCCGCGCGCCAGGAGACACUCCGAGUAAUGAUUUUCAGUUCUAAAAAACAUUCUCAGAAGAUGUUAGCCUCAUUCUGGUCCACGCUCAGUUUUGAAGUGUUUUUUUUUGCUAUUUCUCAUGGUCGGUCAAUUUUAAGCACUACUGAACAAAGAGCUGUUUGGGAGUCAAAUGAACGUCUCUUUUAGGUGAACGAGGCCAAAUGAUCCGGCUCACCAAAAAGACUCGGCAUGCCCAUCACUAGAUCCAUAGCUACGGUAGUCAUGGGAGAGCGCAGUGAUUCAAGAUCUAUUUUCACGCCGAUUAAGAAAAAUAGAUUAUUUUAAGAUGAGUUACAUGAUUUGUAGGACAGAUGGCUCCUGGCAACGUGUGUCGCUUUUAGAAUGACACCAUCUGUCAGAAGACCAUGCUGCAUGGUUCCGACUGACUAGGCACUCCUGUCGGUUAACUCACCCUCACUGUCUGUAGGGGUCUGGGGACUACCCAUCGGUGCUAGACUCCUCAGAGAUCUCCACGGAGGGAGGAAGGACCAGCCGCUUCCCCAAGCCUGAGCUCGAGAUCUCCUUCAGCCCGCUGCAGCCCAACAGGAUGGCCCUGAAACGCCAGGGAGAGGGCGUGGUCAACGUCAAAAUCACACGCAAGAGGAAGAGCGCUGAGAUUGACAAGGUAGACGGUGUUAAAGGGACAGUUCACCCAAAUUACAUUUUUUUUAGUUUCCUUACCCAGUAAGAGCUGUUUUGGAUUUGAACAUUGAUGUGCAAAAAAUGAUAUCGCUCCCAUGACUUGAAUGGGAUUUUGUGCUACAAAUGCAACAAAAACAAAACGUUUGGAAACCGUGCCAGGGAAACUAAACCAAAGCAUGGGAGGGUGUCACACCCUGUCCAUGUACUGCGUACAGGGUUAAGGAAACCAAUGUCAUUUGGGUGAACUAUCCCUGUAACUUGCAGUGAGGGAUUGGAUGUACUGUAGGUUCAGUCCAGGAUACAACUGUGUGGUCCUCCUGCCCACUGCAAGCCUGUAGUUUGGCGGGACACUCAGUCAACUGAGACGCAGACCCUGUCCAUCUUACCAUUCAGGCAGUGGUCUCUCUCUCUCUCUCUCUCUCUCUCUCCGGUCAGUCAUCUUAAAGACAUGCUCCAGAAGUUAUGGCGGCAGGUAGCUUAGUGGUUAAGAGCGUUGUGCCAGUAACCGAAAGGUUGCUGGUUCUAAUCCCCGAGCCGACUAGGUGAAAAAUCUGUUGAUGUGCCCUUGAGCAAGGCACUUAACCCUAAUUGCUCCUGUAAGUCGCUCUGGAUAAGAGCGUCUGCUAAAUGACUAAAUUUAUUUUAUUUAUUACUAAGUGUUUGGGCUGGAUGUGUCAAUGUGUAGUUCAUACAUGCAGAAUCUGUGAGCAGAAUUUUAACUGUUUUACCUCAAAUUAGCCACGAAAUACCUAGUUUGACACAGACUGUUUUUCUGGAAGCUGUACUGCGCCAUUUGAGAGAGAGAGACUCUUUAGGGACCACUUUUGGCUUGUGAGCGCCACUUUCAGAACUACUGGCUGACAAGCAUACAGAAGUCAUUUGAGUGUCAGUACAGCAACAGGAGUCACCCAACUAAUUGCAAUGGCCUAAGAAACUAAUAAGCAUGUAUUUAUUUUACUGCCUCUGAUAAGCCGUUUAUGAAGUGUUAAUUAGGUUCUACUUCACAGCAAGUGGUUCAACGUUUAAUAGUUUGUUGCCCCGUCUUACGUUAUGCAUCCAAAUGAAAAGAUCGUGCUUCCAGUUAGGAGAGUAAAGAAUAGUUUCCCAUUACAUGUGGCGUGAUCUAACACCAAGCACGGUUAUUGUGUGAAAUAUAAUGAGUUGAUGUAGUGUGGGUCUGCUGCUGCUGCAGUGAUGAAGGAGGGAGUGAAGGCUCCAUAUAGGAGGAGUAUUUAUGGGGUUAAACCUCUGCAGUUUGAGACUAAAGUAAUUCACUAAUGACUUCCCUGCUGACUGGGAGGGAGGGAGAUGGAGGGAGGGAGAGAGAGGGAGAGAGAGAGAGGGAGAUGGAGAGAGAGAGAGGGAGAUGGAGGGAGAGAGGGAGGGAGAGAGAGGGAGGGAGAUGGAGGGAGGGAGGAGGAGAGUGAGAGAGGGAGAUGGAGAGAGGGAGGGGGACGAGGAGGGGAGAGGGAGGGGGAGGGGGGAGGGAGAAAAAGAGGAGCCAGAACGGCUCAUAGGAGCAGCAGCCUAUCUCCUGUUUCUGUAGCGAGAGGCAGCUUGAUGUACAAGUCCAACCCUGGACAGGACGCUAGGCUAUCGCAGGGUCUUACCCCCAAUCUAUCGCCUUAAUGCUGAGUCCCAUUUUUCCAGUCUGGUAUGACACUGAGUAGGCCUUCAGACAUGGCCUGGACUUAACAACAGGGGAACUAACUAACUAAAGGUCUGGGACUAUUUUCCCUGUGUCUCUGAGUCCCCAUUGCUGGGAAUAAAAUCAGGGAGGGCGGACGGGAGGGCGGACGAGCAACAGUAAAGAGAGAUGAUAAUAACAAGGGAGAGUCAGUUCAGAUGGAGGUAGCUGCCAAAAUAAAGGAAACGCCAACAUAAAGAGUCUUUUUAAUAGGGAGUUGGGCCAGAACAGCUUCAAUGCGCCUUGACAGAUUGUCUGGAACUCUAUUGGAGGGAUGCGACACCAUUCUUCCACGAGAAAUUCCAUAAUUGUAGUGGUUUGUUGAUGGUGGUGGAAAACGCUGUCUCAGGCGCCGCUCCAGAAUCUCCCAUAAGUGUUCAAUUGGGUUGAAAUCUGGUGACCCCUCUUUCAAAAUCACUGCGAUCUCUUUUAGCCAUGGUAGCCAAAAUUAAUGGGCAACUGGGCAUUUUUUAUACAUGACCCUAAGCAUGAUGGGAUGUUAAUUGCUUAAUUAACUCAGGAACCACACCUGUGUGGCAGCACCUGCUUUCAACAUACUUUGUAUCCAUAAUUUACUCAAGUGUUUCCUUUUAUUUUGGCAGUUACCUGUAUCUUUAACAAUGUUCUCUAUUUAGUAAGAAACAUUUUAUUUACGUAACAGCUUUCUCUCUGCCUUCAGCGAUCCAGGCGUUAAAACACAGCCACUAAAUAUUUUUGACGAUAAAAAAAAUAUAUAUAUAUAUAUAUGUUUUGAUAAUGUUCACAACAAACACAAAACAGGGCAAGGGUUUUAGUAUUUAAAGAUGAAUGCGUCUGAAGCACAAGAUGCUGACAUGGUUGAUGCGUAUAACCCUCGGCGUAGUGGACUCAGUUUAUUACUGCUGCUAUCUGACGGAAGUCUUGCAUCAACUGAUCUCUGCCUUUUUAACACGUUAUAAAUUGUCGUUAAUCCUCACAGCCGACUUUUUGUCUUUAUUAGUUAUUUCAGAAGAGGUUUUUUAUUUGUUUCUUCUAACAAAUCUCUUUUUCUUUUUGAAGAAGAAAUUCUGGCACACUAAGGCUAAACAGAGAUCAACACAUGAGUUCCCAUCUCAGGUAUUCCUCUCCCUUUUUUUUUUAUAAAAACUGUAUCAAACCAUUCAGACCCACGUCUGUACACAUCAGUCCAUCGUACCAUUUCACCCAUCUUGGGGUACAUUUUUAACCCAUCUUCAUGCAUGUUUGUGAUCAUGCAUGUUACUCCAUCAACCGUCUUCCCUCCAACAUUGUAUUACUUUGGUCAGUAAUGUUUUUAGGUUGGUGUAAUGGCAAAGCUAUGCAAGUUCUUUUUGAGAGACCAAUAUGGAAGGAAUGGUCGUGAUUUGAAAUGACCGAAGUGUUUCAGCGUUGGGUAUUUCCUGCUUUUCAGUGGUAAUUUCUAUAAAUAAUAUUGAUUCUUGAAGACUAUAAAUUAUCAAGUGCAGGAACACAAACUCCAGCGAUUGUGGCGUUUUAAGUUUGAAACAUGCUCAAUGAUUUAAUAUCUUAUGUAAAAGCAAUACCGAUGCGGUGUUGGACAGAUGUCACCAAUAACUUAUUGAAGAUGCUUUUAUUUUGGAAUAGACAUUUUAGCUUUAGAUGAGGUUUACUUUUGCCAUGAGUUUAUGAACAUUUCAGACUAGAUUUGUGUCGGGGAUGGCAUACACUGGAGCUGUGAACCGUGCAUUGUUAAUCCACAUCAAUAAUUGGAAACCUACUGACUUAUUUAACCUGCAAUUGCAUGGGACUCUUGAAACGUUUGGCAUAUCAUAAUUGUAUUUAUUCAAUUGAUCUCUUGAAAUCUAUACAUUGAUGAAAUUAAAUCCAUAUCUCCUAUCUAAUCCCGAUCAUUGCAGGGAAAACCCCCUAUGCUUUUGUAGCCUACACGAUAGUUUGAAUUUGACUUUGUUUGGCUCAUACUUAUGAGUGUACACUACCGGUCAAACGUUUUUUAGAACACCUAGUCAUUCAAGGGUUUUUCUUUAUUUUUUAAAACAAUUUUUUUACAUUGUAGAAUAAUAGUGAAGACAUCAAAACUAUGAAAUAACACAUAUGGAAUCAUGUAGUUACCAAAAAAGUGUUAAACAAAUCAAAAUAUAUUUUCUAUUUGAGAUUCUUCAAAUAGCCACCCUUCGCCUUGAUAACAGCUUUGCACACUCUUGGCAUUCUCUCAACCAGCUUCAUGAGGUAGUCACCUGGAAUGCAUUUCAAUUAACAGGUGUGUCUUGUUAAAAGUUAAUUUGUGGAAUUGAUUUCCUUAAUGCGUUUGAGCCAAUCACUUGUGUUGUGACAAGGUAGGGGUGGUAUACAGAAGAUAGCCCUAUUUGGUAAAAGACCAAGUCCAUAUUAUGGCAAGAACAGCUCAAAUAAGCAAAGAGAAACGACAGUCCAUCAUUACUUUAAGACAUGAAGGUCAGUCAAUACGGAACAUUUCAAGAACUCCUACAAGUGCAGACGCAAAAACCAUCAAGCGCUAUGAUGAAACUGGCUCUCAUGAGGACCUCCACAGGAAUGGAAGACCCAGAGUUACCUCUGCUGCAGAGGAUAAGUUCAUUAGAGUCACCAGCCUCAGAAAUUGCAGCCCAAAUAAAUGCUUCAGAGUUCAAGUCACAGACACAUCUCAACAUCAACUGUUCAGAGGGGACUGUGUGAAUCAGGCCUUCAUGGUCGAAUUGCUGCAAAGAAUCCACUACUAAAGCACACCAAUAAGAAGAGACUUGCUUGGGCCAACAAACACGAGCAAUGGACAUUAGACCGGUGGAAAUGUGUCCUUUGGUCUGGAGUCCAAAUUGGAGAUUUUUGGUUCCAACCGCCGUGUCGUUGUGAGACGCGGUGUGGGUGAACGGAUGAUCUCCGCAUGUGUGUUUCCCACCAUAAAGCAUGGAGGAGGUGUGAUGGUGUGGGGGUGCUUUGCAGGUGACACUGUCUGUGAUUUAUUUAGAAUUCAAGGCACACUUAACCAGCAUGGCUACCACAGCAUUCUGCAGUGAUACGCCAUCCCAUCAGGUUUGGGCUUAGUGGGACUAUAAUUUAUUUUUCAACAAGACAAUGACCCAACACACCUCCAGGAUGUGUAAGGGCUAUUUGACCAAGGAGAGUGAUGGAGUGCUGCAUCAGAUGACCUGGCCUCCACAAUCCCCUGACCUCAACCCAAUUGAGAUGGUUUGGGAUGAGUCGGACCGUAGAGUGAAGGAAAAGCAGCCAUCUAGUGCUCAGCGUAUGUGGGAACUCCUUCAAGACUGUUGGAAAAGCAUUCCAGGUGAAGCUGGUUGAGAGAAUGCCAAGAGUGUGCAAAGCUGUCAUCAAGGCAAAGGGUGGCUAUUUGAAGAAUCUCAAAUAUAAAAUGUAUUUUGAUUUGUUUAACACUUUUUUUUGUUUUGGUUACUACAUGAUUCCAUAUGUGUUAUUUCAUAGUUUUGAUGUCUUCACUAUUAUUGUACAAUGUAGAAAAUAGUAAAAAAUUAAGAUAAACCAUUGAAUGGGUAGGUGUGUCCAAACUGUUGACCGGUACUGUAUGUAGCAUAUAAACCACACCAUGGCAUCUUCAUUUCUCUCCCUGGUUUGCCGUCUCAUCUCUCUCUCUAUUUCUCUCGCUCUCUCUCUGUCUCUCUCAUGUGCUUGUGUUUCUCAGGAUGAGGUGACCCGUGAGAACCGAAGGAACACCAGAACCAGACUGACUCCUAAACUGGCUGUGCACCAAGAGGAGGUGAGACGCACCUUUUUUUUUUAAAGAGCGACUGACCCUAAAAAGCAACUUCUCGUUUUUUUUAAACACUGCCUAUGUGGCAUCGCUAAAGAUACAUAGGUGGCGCUUGCAAAGCAAAGUUUGUGGGUUUGGCUCUCGGGGCCACCCAUACAUCAAAUGUAUUUUACUUUGGAUAAAAGCCUCUGAUAAAUGACAUUACUUUUGGUCAUGUAGUGUAGAUGUAUGUGGACUCCUGCUCGUCCAACAUCUCAGUCCAAAAUCAUGGGCAUUAAUAUGGAGUUGGUCCCCCCCUUUGCUGCUAUAACAGCCUCCACUCUUCUGGGAAGGCUUUCCAAUUUAUGUUGGAACAUUGCUGCUGGGACUUGCUUCCAUUCAGCCACAAGAGCAUUAGUGAGGUCAGGCACUGAUGUUGGGCGAUUAGGCCUGUCUCGCAGUCGGCGUUCCAAUUCAUCCCAAAGGUGUUCGAUGGGGUUGAAGUCAGGGCUCUGUGCAAGUCAAGUUCUUCCACACCAAUCUCGACAAACCAUUUCUGUAUGGACCACGCUUUGUGCACGGGGGCAUUGUCAUGCUGAAACAGGAAAGGACCUUCCUCAAACUGUUGCCACAAAGUUGGAAGCACAGAAUCGUCUAGAAUGUCAUUGUAUGCUGUAGCGUUAAGAUUUCCCUUCAAUGGAACUAAGGGGCCUACCACAAACCAUGAAAAACAGCCCCAGACCGUUAUUCCUCCUCCACCAAACUUUACAGUUGGCACUAUGCAUUGGGGCAGGUAGCGUUCUCCUGGCUUCCGCCAAACCCAGAAUGCCAGAUUGCACAUUGUGAUCUUAGGCUUGUGUGCAGCUGCUCGGCCAUGUGUGCAGCUCCCGACUAACAGUUGUUGUGCUGACGUUGCUUCCAGAGGCAGUUUGGAACUCUUUAGUCAGUGUUGCAACCAAGGACAGAUGAUUUUUUACGUGCUUCAGCAUUGCGUUUUGUGAGCUUGUGUGGCCUACCACUUCGCGGCUGAGCCGUUGGUGUUCCUAGACGUUUCCACUUCACAAUAACAGCACUUACAGUUGACCGUGGCAGCUCUAGCAGGGCAGAAAUGUUACGAACUGACUUGUUGGAAAGGUGACAUCCUAUGAUGGUGCCACAUUGAAAGUCACUGAGCUCUUCAGUAUGGGCCAUUCUAAUGCCAAUGUUUGUCUAUGGAGAUUGCAUGGCUGUGUGCUCGAUUUUAUACACCUGUCAGCAACGGGUGUGGCUGAAAUAGCCGAAUCCACUAAUUUGAAGGGGUGUCCUCAUGCUUUUCUCUGUGUAUGUGUGUGUGUAUAUAUAUAUAUAUAUAUAUAUAUAUAUACACACACACACAUACAGUGAGGGGAAAAAAGUAUUUGAUCCCCUGCUGAAUUUGUACGUUUGCCCACUGACCAAAGAAAUUAUCAGUCUAUAAUUUUAAUGGUAGGUUUAUUUGAACAGUGAGAGACAGAAUAACAACAACAAAAAUCCAGAAAAACGCAUGUCAAAAUGUUAUAAAUUGAUUUGCAUUUUAAUUAGGGAAAUAAGUAUUUGACCCCUCUGCAAAACAUGACUUAGUACUUGGUGGCAAAACCCUUGUUGGCAAUCACAGAGGUCAGACGUUUCUUGUAGUUGGCCACCAGGUUUGCACUCAUCUCAGGAGGGAUUUUGUUCCACUCCUCUUUGCAGAUCUUCUCCAAGUCAUUAAGGUUUCGAGCCUGACGUUUGGCAACUCAAACCUUCAGCUCCCUCCACAGAUUUUCUAUGGGAUGAAGGUCUGGAGACUGGCUAGGCCACUCCAGGACCUUAAUGUGCUUCUUCUUGAGCCACUCCUUUGUUGCCUUGGCCGUCUGUUUUGGGUCAUUGUCAUGCUGGAAUACCCAUCCACGACCCAUUUUCAAUGCCCUGGCUGAGGGAAGGAGGUUCUCACCCAAGAUUUGACGGUACAUGGCCCCGUCCAUCGUCCCUUUUGAUGUGGUGAAGUUGUCCUGUCCCCUUAGCAGAAAAACACCCCCAAACCAUAAUGUUUCCACCUCCAUGUUUGACGGUGGGGAGGGUGUUCUUGGGGUCAUGGGCAGCAUUCCUCCUCCUCCAAACACGGCGAGUUGAGUUGAUGCCAAAGAGCUCGAUUUUGGUCUCAUCUGACCACAACACUUUCACCCAGUUCUCCUCUGAAUCAUUCAGAUGUUCAUUGGCAAACUUCAGAUGGCCCUGUAUAUGUGCUUUCUUGAGCAGGGGGACCUUGCGGGCGCUGCAGGAUUUCAGUCCUUCACGGCGUAGUGUGUUACCAAUUGUUUUCUUGGUGACUAUGGUCCCAGCUGCCUUGAGAUCAUUGACAAGAUCCUCCCGUGGAGUUCUGGGCUGAUUCCUCACCGUUCUCAUGAUCAUUGCAACUCCACGAGGUGAGAUCUUGCAUGGAGCCCCAGGCCGAGGGAGAUUGACAGUUCUUUUGUGUUUCUUCCAUUUGCGAGUAAUCGCACCAACUGUUGUCACCUUCUCACCAAGCUGCUUGGCGAUGGUCUUGUAGCCCAUUCCAGCCUUGUGUAGGUCUACAAAUCUUGUCCCUGACAUCCUUGGAGAGCUCUUUGGUCUUGGCCAUGGUGGAGAGUUUGGAAUCUGAUUGAUUGAUUGCUUCUGUGGACAGGUGUCUUUUAUACAGGUAACAAACUGAGAUUAGGAGCACUCCCUUUAAGAGUGUGCUCCUAAUCUCAGCUCGUUACCUGUAUAAAAGACACCUGGGAGCCAGAAAUCUUUCUGAUUGAGAGGGGGUCAAAUACUUAUUUCCCUCAUUAAAAUGCAAAUCAAUUUAUAACAUUUUUGACAUGCGUUUUUCUGGAUGAUUUUGUUGUUAUUCUGUCUCUCACUGUUCAAAUAAACCUACCAUUAAAAUUAUAGACUGAUCAUUUCUUUGUCAGUGGGCAAACGUACAAAAUCAGCAGUGGAUCAAAUACUUUUUUCCCUCACUGUACAUAUAGUAUUGUUAUUAUUAUAUAAUGGUUUUUCCUCCAUCUAUAGCCAUCUCCGUCGAUGGACGGUAAAGACCUGGGCUCCAUGAGGCCCCAGGACUCCCAGUCCAGCCUGCGGAGCAGGAAAGAGGGAACGAUGCAGAAGUUCGGAGACUUCCUCCAGAGCUCCCCAACAUUCUUCGGUAGCAAGGGUAAGAGUUGACACCAACAGUAGCACAGAACAGCUUGGAACAAGGGUAAGAGUUGACACCAACAGUAGCACAACAGCUUGGAACAAGGGUAAGAGUUGACACUAACAGUAGCACAGAACAGCUUGGAACAAGGGUAAGAGUUGACACCAACAGUAGCACAACAGCUUGGAACAAGGGUAAGAGUUGACACCAACAGUAGCACAACAGCUUGGAACAAGGGUAAGAGUUGACACCAACAGUAGCACAACAGCUUGGAACAAGGGUAAGAGUUGACACCAACAGUAGCACAGAACAGCUUGGAACAAGGGUAAGAGUUGACACCAACAGUAGCGCAACGGCUUGGAACAAGGGUAAGAGUUGACACCAACAGUAGCACAACAGCUUGGAACAAGGGUAAGAGUUGACACCAACAGUAGCACAACAGCUUGGAACAAGGGUAAGAGUUGACACCAACAGUAGCACAACAGCUUGGAACAAGGGUAAGAGUUGACACCAACAGUAGCACAACAGCUUGGAACAAGGGUAAGAGUUGACACUAACAGUAGCACAGAACAGCUUGGAACAAGGGUAAGAGUUGACACCAACAGUAGCACAACAGCUUGGAACAAGGGUAAGAGUUGACACUAACAGUAGCACAGAACAGCUUGGAACAAGGGUAAGAGUUGACACUAACAGUAGCACAACAGCUUGGAACAAGGGUAAGAGUUGACACUAACAGUAGCACAGAACAGCUUGGAACAAGGGUAAGAGUUGACACUAACAGUAGCACAGAACAGCUUGGAACAAGGGUAAGAGUUGACACCAACAGUAGCACAACAGCUUGGAACAAGGGUAAGAGUUGACACUAACAGUAGCACAGAACAGCUUGGAACAAGGGUAAGAGUUGACACCAACAGUAGCACAGAACAGCUUGGAACAAGGGUAAGAGUUGACACUAACAGUAGCACAACAGCUUGGAACAAGGGUAAGAGUUGACACUAACAGUAGCACAGAACAGCUUGGAACAAGGGUAAGAGUUGACACCAACAGUAGCACAACGGCUUGGAACAAGGGUAAGAGUUGACACUAACAGUAGCACAGAACAGCUUGGAACAAGGGUAAGAGUUGACACUAACAGUAGCACAACAGCUUGGAACAAGGGUAAGAGUUGACACUAACAGUAGCACAGAACAGCUUGGAACAAGGGUAAGAGUUGACACCAACAGUAGCACAGAACAGCUUGGAACAAGGGUAAGAGUUGACACUAACAGUAGCACAACAGCUUGGAACAAGGGUAAGAGUUGACACUAACAGUAGCACAGAACAGCUUGGAACAAGGGUAAGAGUUGACACCAACAGUAGCACAACGGCUUGGAACAAGGGUAAGAGUUGACACUAACAGUAGCACAGAACAGCUUGGAACAAGGGUAAGAGUUGACACUAACAGUAGCACAACAGCUUGGAACAAGGGUAAGAGUUGACACUAACAGUAGCACAGAACAGCUUGGAACAAGGGUAAGAGUUGACACCAACAGUAGCACAACAGCUUGGAGCAACCCUGCACUGACAGCAUGACCGUCUAUCCCACACAGAACAGCUGUAGAGCACCCAGCACAGACAUCAUCAUCAUCAUCAGACCAAAGAGCCAGAAACAACGCCGUAGUCAGAGUACCAUCUGCAGUGGCACAAAUCACACCUUAAUGGUCAAGUUCAAUAUAACCUGCCACAGUCUCUCUCAGUCCAGUCUCUCUCCAUUUUUCUGUAGCCCGGUCCCAGAUCUGCCUGUAGCCCGGUCCCAGAUCUGCCUGUAGCCCGGUCCCAGAUCUGCCUGUAGCCCGGUCCCAGAUCUGCCUGUAGCCCGGUCCCAGAUCUGCCUGUAGCCCGGUCCCAGAUCUGCCUGUAGCCCGGUCCCAGAUCUGCCUGUAGCCCGGUCCCAGAUCUGCCUGUCCUUUUGCCUACUCCUUUGUCAUUGUCAAGCAUGGCAAUUCCAUAAGGAUUUGGCAAUAGAACGGAAACAGACCGGCAGCCAGGCAUAUUGUUUCUGGCCCACAGUAAUGGCUUGCUCUGGCUUUAACGUUUUAGUGGCCUCUGAGCUUUUUUAAAAGCCCUUACGCACUUCUUUCUCGCUGCAGCGAAAAAGAUAAUGGGAUUGGUGAGCGGGAAAUCCCCAGAGACUGAGGGGGGGGCGUCCAUGAGCUUCAGACCCAAGAAGUCCAAGAGGAAGCUGUACAGACCAGAGAUC